UCAGUAGUGGCAACAUUGGCCGCCCGCCACGUUUCGCCAGCCUUGUUAACUUUAUCGUACGGUCGUCAGUAAUUUUUAUGUUCUUAUUCCUUUACCACGUUACCUAAGUAAUUUGUUUUCAAAAUGAGUGCUCCAACACCUGCCCCUGCUUAUAAAAUUGGAAUUGUAAAGCAGGUAUUAUCCGGAGAUACCAUCGUUAUAAGGAGACAGCCACAAGGAGGUCCCCCGCCAGAGAAAGUGAUCGCCCUUUCAGGCAUCACUGCACCGAAACUAGCGCGUCAGAGAACUGCCAACAAUGACUCUGAAACAAAAGACGAGCCGUUUGCAUGGGAAGCAAGAGAGUUUUUGAGAAAAAAGUUGGUUGGUAAGGAAGUCAUCUUCACCGCUGAGAAACCUCCCAACUCUGCUACUCGGGAAUAUGGAUCUGUUUGGGCCGGGAAGGAUCCUACUAAAGAUGAAAACAUGACGGAAGCCUUGCUAGCGGAGGGUUUUGUUAAAGUAAGAGAAGGCGGACGUAACAUCCCUCAGUUGAAGAGACUCGUUGAAAUCGAAGAAACAGCCAAAUCCCAAGGCAAAGGUAUUUGGGGAACUGACUUGCAGAAUCAUGUUCGUGACAUAAAAUGGAGUGUGGAAAAUCCGAAACAAUAUGUGAACAAAUUUAAUGGAACACCUAUAAAAGCUAUAAUAGAAUAUGUAAGGGACGGAUCAACUGUGAGACUUUGUCUGCUGCCGGACUACACACCUGUAACACUCAUGCUAUCAGGAAUUAGAUGCCCAGCUGUAAAGCAGGACGGUGAUUCUGAGCCUUAUGCCGAGGAAGCCAGAUUCUUCCUGGAAUCCAAAUUGCUUCAGAAGGAUGUUGAGGUGGUCCUGGAAUCUGUAAACAACAACAAUUUUGUUGGAACAAUUCUACAUCCACAAGGAAAUAUUGCUGAAGCUUUGCUCAGACAAGGUUUCGGUAGAUGCGUAGAUUGGUCCCUCGCUGUCAUGAAAUCUGGUGCUAUGACACUGAGACAAGCUGAGAAGGCAGCUAAAGAAGCUAAACUUCGCAUUUGGACUAACUAUGUCAGUAUGGCACCCAUCAUCCCUGCUAAGGAUAAAGAGUUCACAGCCACUGUAAUGGAAGUUGUCAAUGGAGAUGCACUCGUAGUAAAAAUGCCAUCUAAUGUCCAAAAGAAAAUAUUCUUGGCAAGCAUUAGACCUCCACGUGAAAAGAACAGCCCAGAUGAAGAGGGCAAGCAGUCACCCAGGCCUAAGGGAUUCAAACCGCUGUAUGACAUACCUUGGAUGUAUGAAGCACGUGAAUUCCUCAGAAAGAAACUCGUUGGAAAGAAAGUUAAUGUCACAAUAGAUUACAUCCAGCCAGCAAAAGACAAUUUCCCUGAAAAAACUUGUUGCACUGUUAUGGCAGGCGGAAUUAAUAUUGCAGAGGCCUUGGUCAGCAAAGGCUAUGCCAUAGUUGUCAGAUACAGAAAUGAUAAUGAUCAAAGGAGCUCCCAUUACGAUAAGUUGCUAGAAGCCGAACAGAAAGCUAUGAAGGCUAAUCUCGGAGUAUACGCCAAGAAAGAUAUACCGACCCAUCGCAUACAAGACACAAGCGGGGACUCCGCUAAGGCCAAAAAGUUCUUCCCGUUCUUAAAGAGAGCACAGAAAACCGAAGCGGUCGUUGAAUUCGUUGCGAGCGGCUCUCGUAUGAGGCUCUACGUGCCCAAGGAAUCUGUGCUUGUAACAUUCUUACUGGCUGGCAUCAAUUGCCCAAGAGGUGCUCGCCCCGCUAUCGGCGGCGGCGGCAUGCAAGAAGCUGAACCGUUCGGUGAAGAGGCACUUCAAUUCACUAAGGAGAAAUGCCUCCAACGCGAUGUCAUUGUGUCUAUCGAGGAGAUGGACAAAGCCGGCAACUUCAUCGGCUGGCUCUGGGUGGACAACGAAAACAUUUCCAUUUCGCUUGUAGAACACGGACUCGCUACUAUGCACCACACCGCUGAGACCUCUGAAUACGCGCGCGUUAUCAAGAACGCUGAGGAGAGUGCGAGCAAGAAACGCAUCGGCAUCUGGAAGGAUUACGUUGAGGUUGAGAAGGAAAUUGAAAAGGAACGCAACGCUCCGAUGCAGGACCGUGUCGUGAAAUAUGAAAAGGUUGUGGUCACGGAAGUCACACCGGAGGGUACAUUCUUCUCACAGAACAUGGAGUUAGGAAACAAACUCGAGACCUUGAUGGAGAAAAUUCAUCAGGAGUUCACUAACAAUGCACCACUGCCCGGAUCUUACGUGCCGAGGAGGGGACAAAUUUGCGCCGCUCGCUUCACACUAGACGACCAGUGGUACAGAGCCAGGGUUGAGAAACUCCUUGAUGAUAAGAUGGUUCAAAUAUUCUACAUCGACUAUGGAAACAGAGAGGUGGUUAGCCAAACAAGAUUGGCUUUAUUGCCGGCGGGCACGGAGUCCGAGCCGCCGUACGCUAGCGAGUACUCCCUAGUGUGCAUCAAGUUCCCCGCGGACGCGGACGAUAGACUCGAAGCGGUACGAGCCUUCUCUCUGGACACACUCAACAAGAAGCUCUUGCUGAACCUCGAGACACGCGGCUCUCCACCAGCUGUGACACUCGUCGAGCCCACCACUAACACUGAUAUUGGAAAGAACCUGAUCAAGGAGGGUCUGGUGUUGAUGGAGAGCAUCCGAGACCAUCGGCUGAGCGGUCUGGUGGCCGAGUACCGGCUGGCCCAGGAGCACGCCAAGAGCUCGCGGCUCAACCUCUGGCGGCACGGAGACAUCACCGAGGACGACGCCGUAGAGUUCGGAGCGCGUCGCUAGCGCGAGCUUCCCUGGUACGACGCUACCGCCUCGCCCUCGCACACGCUCAACUGCGCCACCUGCAAAGCUCUGCACGUCGAGACCAUCAUAUACGCAGUUAUCUACGAGUUCUUGUGAAGGCCCUAGCCGUACCAAUGGAAACACUUAUGCUAAAAACAUUACCGCAUACAUACAUGUUAAUGCGUCUAACCAUCUUCAACUUUGGAAGUGUCUAUCCUAAAUCUUAUUACUCAGUAUGAACUUUGAUGAAAUAUUUUUUUUUUUUUAAUAUUAUAAAUAUAUGUCUUAAAUGAUGUGACCCCGAGACGUACGCCUCGACAUAACUUACUGUACAGAAGCAUGAUUGUGUAUGUUAUUUGUAACUUAUUCAUAGAGCCGUGUACUCUGUCGGCAAUAAGUACGCCAUUCGAUCGAACGGAUCCUCUUAAUUCGUACAUUUUCUCUAAUACAAUAAAUAAUUCACUCUUAGAUGUUUACUACAUAUUUUUAUAUUCAAAAUAAAUUAUUAAACGAAAAAAAAAAAAAUAAUAAUAAUUAUAAUUAUUACGAAUAGUAAAUUAUGAAUAGUUAAUCGAAUAGAAUCAAGCAUAAUAUGACGGAAAAAAAAAAAAUUUUUUUUAAAUAUUUAAAAUAAUCGUAAUGAAUGUGUACAAGAUUAAUAAUGGUAUGUUAGCAUAGAAAUUUUCAAUUGUUAUUACACUACCCGCGUAUUUACAUCGCAAACUUUACAGUUGUUCUUAUAUGACUAAAUGUUUUAUUGUAAUUAAUGUGAUGUUAUAAAAUUAUUUAGCCUUAAUAUCAAUAUGUUGCACUUACAUACUUAAAAAAAAAAAGGUAACUCGUCUCUUAAAUCUACUAUAUUGUAUAUUUUGUACUUCACGUUUAAGGAUUCAUUCAAAAGUUGAUAGCGGUAAUCGAACAUUGUAAUGUUAGCUAAGUGUGAAUUUAUCGUAAUGCAUAACGAGUCUGAGUGUUAUUAUACAUUUUUACCACAUUAUUCUAUUCUGAAACGUCUUCACUAUGUUUUUAUUCAGUUUUUCAUAAUUCGUACUUACGAAUGUUUAUUUUUUUUUUUAACCUACCUCCUGUCUGAUGUCCCUGUUAUUUCCCCCCACCCCACAUUUGGACUACCACAGCGACCGUGCGUGGAUUGUUAAUGAAACUCCUGUAUUUUAAAUAAAUACACUUUUUAGGAAUAUU